AUGUCCUCGAAAGAACAAAAAGACUUACCUAGUGCCCGAUGGCAAUCGUUUGACGGCUGGGACUAUAACGGCAUGAAGGAGCGUCUGGAGGAUGCUCUAGAAAUCAUCAACAAGGUCGCGCUCAUCAGUCACGCUGAACAUGUCGUGGGUCGCAAAUUUGGCAUGAGUGAACCAUUCUCGGCAGGUCAGUACUGGAUAUGCUUCGAGUUGGUUGCUGAAGAUGGCUCUCUGGUCAUUGCGAGGGUCCGUUUACCCCGCCAUCCCGAAGUGUCGCUUACAGCAACGGACAACGACUUGGAGUACGCGAUAGAAUGCGAGAUUGCGACUAUGCGAUACGUCCGCAGCAAGCUACCCAACGUCACCAUACCACGCAUAUACGCCUACGAGCCUGCGGGCUCUCCUCGUGCCUCAGCUGUAGGUGCCGCGUAUAUGCUCAUCGAGGGAUUCAGGGGAAACAUGCUGCUGGAUAUGGAGUAUGACAUGACGCGAUUACCUCCCAGUGUGCAACAGCAAAUCAUGACGCAGUGGACUAGAGUGCAAGCCGAGCUCGCAACCAUUACUCUGCCUCAGAUUGGCUCCAUUUCAUCUUUGUCGCCGACCGGAGAGCCUAUUAUCGGCCGGAUAGCCUCAGCUGCGGCCGAAGGAUUCUGGAAUAGCGGACCAUUCAACACCUCUGCCGAAUACUUCGCAGCAGCCGGCCAGGCGGCCGUGGACCGAUUCAACUCAACGGGCGGCAGCGGCAGCGCAGAUGGACACUGGGCAGCCAUUGGCGCGCUUGUGUUUUGCGACAUUGUGGCCAAAACCGACCUGUUCCAGGACGUGGGUGCACAGGGUUCGUUUCCGCUCAACCACAUGGAUCUUGGCACGCAAAAUAUCCUCGUCGACGACGCGUUUCGCUUCCUGGCCACGAUCGACUGGGAGUUUGCGCAGACGGCCCCCUGGCAGGUAAACCACUAUCCGAUGCCGUUUCCGCCACUCUGCUCGCAACGGCAGACAGACGCCAUCCUCGCCGACCCGGGACACCUUGCGCACGCAAACGUCACGAGGCAGGAAGCGGCGCGGCGCAUGUACCAGGCCGCCUUUCGGGUUGCUGAGGAGGAGCUGAGGGAGCAAGGCCGGCCGACAGCUGCGUCGUUUGCCGAGGUACUCGACUGUACGGCCUCACGCAUCUAUGUGUGCUUUACACAAUUGGGUCGCAUGCCAGAGGCGGAUGAGGAGCUUGUGCAGAGAAUGGCGCGACUAGCUUUUGGUUGGGAUGAUGCCAAGAUCAAGUCUUACAUUACUAGUGUAAACCUACAAUGA